CCAGAGGCGAACAUCUAAAGAUGUCCGAAGUACCAAAAAAUUCGUUCUCCAUUAUUUUAAUGGUGUUCUCGUUUUGUUGGUAUAUACUCAUACCACAGAGCUUCGCAAAUUCUCUGGAAACCAUUAAAACGGAAACACGUGAAACGAGUAACAUAAAUAAUCAAAAUCGAAAUAUUUUGGCGGCUGCUCAAGUUCUACCAGACAGGCGGAACAUUAGAUCUAUUUAUGGAUUUAGUCCAAACAUGUUGCAAUUUUCGCGUGUCAAGUUUCCUAUGGAAUUGGGUUUGCUUGUAGAGAAUGAUGAAGGCGAUAGAUCGAAGAGGUUUGACGAUUAUGGUCAUAUGAGGUUCGGUAAACGAGGAGGUGAUGAACAGUUUGAUGAUUACGGACAUAUGCGAUUCGGUAAACGAUAAGAGACAUCACUUGGAAUAAUAAAAAUUUGUUAUGGACCUUGGCAAUUAUAAAUGAAAAAUGUACUUAAUA